AUGUCAAAGUGGUACCAUAUCCAUCGAGCAUCCUUCAUCUUCUUCAACAACAUUUCCCUUUUACAAUCACCAUCAAACAUCAUUUCUUACACUUGUUUACACAAUAUAUCUAUAUCUACUCUUUCAGCCACCAAUCAAAUCCAACAUUACAUUCGCAACGGUAACCUUAACAAUGCCCGCCACCUGUUUGAUCAAAAUCCCACUUCUUAUAACACUUUCACAUGGAAUUCUAUCAUCACUGGCCACAUAAACAACCACCAAAUGCAGCAUGCUCAUGACCUGUUCGAUCAAAUGCCCGUGAAAGACGUCGUUUCAUGGAACACCAUGAUGUCGGGUUUGAACAAGACUAAAAAUCCACACAAAAUUUACCAACUUUUCUUGCAGAUGACAAGAGCGAGUGAAACGCCUAAUCAUACCACGUUUUCAAUUGCUAUCAGCGCGUUCUUGAACACGUACAAUAUCUUGGUUCCGCAGCUUCAUGGGUUAGUACUGAAAUUAGGACUUGGUAGUAAUGUGUUUGUGGGGUCGGCUUUGAUGAGGGGUUAUACUCAUUUAGGCGAUAAAAUGUGCUUACGUCGUGUGUUUGAUGAUGUUUUUGUGAAAGAUGUUAGUACGUGGAACGCGUUAGUUGUUGGUUAUAUGGAUUUAGGAUUCAUAGAUGAGGCCCAGAACGCGUUUGACAUGAUGCCCGAGGUUAAUGUCAUUUCUUGGACUACUUUAGUUGAUGGAUAUAUCAAAAAUAAAAAGAUUAAUCAAGCACGGUCGAUUUUUGAUAGUAUGCCACACAAGAAUGUGGUAUCGUGGACUGCGAUGAUAAAAGGGUACGUGCAGAAUGAGAGUAACAACGAUGCUAUUGAGUUGUUUAUCUUGAUGAUCGAAUCAGGAACCUGUCCCAACCAUUUUACGUAUUCUACUCUCUUAGACGCUUGUGCAGGUUGCUCUGCUUUUCUAUUUGGGAAACAACUGCAUUCAUGUACUUUGAAAAGUGGUUUUCAUUGUGAAGUAGUUUUAUCGACUUCACUUGUUGACAUGUACACGAAAUGUGGAGACAUUGAAGCUGCAUUGUGUAUUUUUGAGUCAAUGGAAAAGAAGAACACGGUGUCAUGGAACUCCAUAAUCGGGGGUUGCGGAAGUAAUGGAUUGGCGACAAGAGCAUUGUGUGAGUUUGAGAAAAUGAUAGAAAGUGGAGCAAAACCUGAUCAUGUAACUUACAUCAAUUUACUUUCGGCUUGUGUGCAUGGAGGACUACUUGAAGAGGGCGAAAAACAUUUUCGUUCAAUGAGAGCAAGAUAUGGAAUUGAACCAGAAAUGAAGCAUUAUAAUUGUAUGGUGGACUUAUAUGGAAAAUCAGGUGAGCUUGAGAAAGCAGAGAAACUAGUAAAGGAAAUGCCUUUUGAACCUGAUGUGGGUGUGUGGGGUGCAUUGCUUGCUGCUUGUGGCUUACACUCAUGUUAUGAGUUAGUAAAUGGUCUCGAGGAUUUGGCUAGAGACCGUCCCACUAUUUACUCUAUGCUAGUUAAGCUCCAUGGUGAAAAGGGUGCGUGGAGUCGUGUCAUUGAGAUGAGAAAUAAGAUGACGGAAACUGGUGCUAAAAAGCAAAAGGCUGGUAGUAGGAUAGAGUAAUAGAUCGAGUCCCCUCUUGCCAAGAGGCUCUUGGUGUGACCUAAACAAAAUCCAGAUUCCUGCAUCCUUAAAAAGACUCAUAAUCCAAAUGUGGAUGACUAAAUCCCUUUAGUAUAAGAUUGAUGCAGAGCGGAUCAAGUAGUUGGUAGAUAAGUUUUUGGAACAGUGUGAGCAUGCCAAACACAUAACAAACGCGACGGAAAACACUUUGGCUUCAGAGCCUGAUCGAGCCUGAGUUAGAUACUUUGUUAUAACUUCCAUAAUGUGUCUAAUUAUCUGACGGGAUUGGGUAUUGCUGUUGUAUAUGUCAAAUUAUAACCGUAAACCAUGAUGAGCAGAUAGAUAGCAGCUCUCUUCUAUAAACGAUGACACGAGUGUAUGUAACUUGUAAGAUUCCAAACUGUUGGGUUCAUUAUUAAUCAUUCAUUAUUCUUGAGCA